AUGUCAAAUCCAGCCCGCAACCCAGCGCGUGCACGCCGCUUAGACGACGCUCUUUCCCAGCUAGUCGACGGUCUGACCCCCGCGCUCCCCGUCUCCGCCAUUCAACACGAAGACUACGCCGACCAAGAAGAAGCUUUAGCCGCAGCCGAAAGCCAACGACACCAUGCACUCAUGGAGCGCGCCUGGCGCAUCCUCGACACACACGCCAGCACCAGCGGCCCAGACCCCGGGUCACCAGCGGGGUUAGGUGGACGCCGCGGCAGCCUCGCGGGAGCGGAGAACGUCAACAACGCGCCGGAUCUGAUAAAGCGCAAGCUGCGGCGCGAGAACGUCAGCCCGGAUAAGGCUGUGCGGUUCUCUAAUUUGUACUCGCGGCUUCUGACGCAGCCGGUGCUGUCGCAGAAAUGGGGGAUUCUCUUCUUGCUUUAUAAGUUGUCGGCUUCGGAGGAGCCUAUGGAGGAGGGGAGAGAAAAUGGUGCACGACCUAGACGGAACACGGCGAUCGACUCGGAUGAUGAGGGGCCGGCUGUUAGCUCCUCGGCUUCGCAGCAGCAUCACCGAGUACCGGUAGCGAAGCUGGAACGGCAGAGCUCGCUGCGGCAUGAUAUUAAUCGAGACGGGGCGGAGUAUGCUGGGCGCAAUGCAGCGGAAAGACCGAUCAGUCGUGUUGAGACCGGAACGAAUGACCGUCCUAGCGAUGAGAAUAUUCGCGCUUCCUCGCCCCGGCCUUCGAGUGCUCAUGCUUCAGACCCGGCGAAAUUGUCUGGGUCUGUUGAGUACAGGCUGCUGCGAGACCUGCCGUUCAAUCUGCAAGGAUUGUCUUCCUCGAACUUGCAGUUCAGUUCGUCGUCGAGCUUGAAGUUGCCUUCGAAUCUGUCUGCGCCUAUAACAUCACUUCUUAAUACGCUGGCGGAGCCUUGCUUGCUUUAUAAAGGGCUGUCUCUCUUUGUGGAGGGUUCGGAUGGGGGGCUGGUGAAUCAGAGCUUGCGAUCAGCCAUUGCCGUUGAGCUGCGAGCAUACCUCAGCCUGGUGGCUACACUAGAGGCGGAAAUUCGACAGGCGCUGGCCGCGAUCGGGGACGGAACCGAGCCUCAGGGUGUACGAAAGGGUGGUGUUACUUUGAAGCGAUGCGUGGUUUGGACGAGAGAUGCUACGAUGGCGCUUCGCCUAAUGAGCUUGAUCGUAGAAGAGGCCCAAAGCAAGAGAGGUGGCCAGUUGAUAUCGCUGAUCCACGGCUUCUCAACAUCCCAUGGGGAUCCUUUCGUGUGCGCGUUCGCUGAGAAGCUUCUCGCGCAUGUCACUCGUCCCUUCUACGACAUGCUCCGGCUUUGGAUUUAUGAUGGCGAAUUAUCAGAUCCAUACAAGGAAUUCUUCGUCGCUGACCCGGAGUUUCGACCGAAGACUGACCCCCGGCGGAUUGCAACAAGCGUCUGGGAAGACAAAUACAAGCUUGAUGAUGACUUGGUGCCUUCCAUAAUCACACAGGAGUUUGCAAAGAAGAUCUUCCUUAUUGGGAAAUCCUUGAACUUCAUUCGCCAUGGCUGCGGGGAUUCUGCCUGGGUAGAGGCCUACUCCAGGAAAGCCUCCAAGGAGCUACGAUACGGAGACACGGCCACUCUUGAGAUCUCCAUUGACGAGGCAUAUAAGACGACAAUGGCUCGACUGAUCUCCCUCAUGAAUGGGAAGUUCAAUCUCUUCGAUCACCUCAAAGCUCUGAAGAGCUACCUCCUGCUCGGCCAAGGAGACUUCAUAGCUCUGCUCAUGGAGUCACUUGCCACCAAUCUGGAUCGUCCAGCAAACUCACAAUACCGACAUACCCUCACCGCACAGCUGGAGCAUGCCAUCCGUGCCUCCAACGCACAAUACGAUACCCCAGAAGUGCUGCGACGGCUUGAUGCCCGCAUGCUCGAGCUGAGCCACGGUGAAAUCGGAUGGGACUGCUUCACAUUGGAAUACAAAAUCGACGCACCAGUGGACGUAGUCAUCACACCCUGGGCAUCAACCCAAUACCUGAAAGUCUUCAACUUCCUCUGGCGCAUCAAGCGCGUCGAAUUCGCACUCAACAGCACCUGGCGCCGUUGCAUGACCGGCGCCCGAGGCGUCCUCGGCAACGUAGAAGACCAAGUCGGAGCAGACUGGAAGCGGGCACGCUGCGUUAUCGCAGAGAUGAUCCACUUCGUCAACCAGCUCCAAUACUACAUUCUCUUCGAAGUCAUCGAGUCCAGCUGGGAACAACUCCUCGAUGCAAUCCGAAAGCCCGACUGUACACUGGACGACCUAAUCGAAGCCCACACCAAAUACCUCAACUCCAUCACGCACAAAGGCCUACUCGGCUCCGCAUCCUCCUCCCGCCAUGGCUCCUCAACCUCAACCUCAGCUAAACAACCCGAAGAAAGCUUCCUCAGCCAGCUCCACCAGAUCCUCAAGUUCAUGCUCGCCUACAAAGACUCCGUAGACGGGCUUUACUCCUUCUCCGUCGCGGAAUUCACCCGUCGCCAGGAACUCAACGCUAAAAUCGAGACCCGCGGCGCCGGCCAAUGGGGCGUCCGGUCCAACAGUCGCGGCGGAGCAUCAAGCGCCUCGACACCAGAUAUCAGACCCGAUAGUGCCAGCGUCGACGGCGUCAAUACGCCACUCUCACUGUCAGGUCCCAACUUCGCCGCUGACGACAACAUGCUUUCCUCGCUGCGCGUGCGUCUCCGUGAACUCUCCUCUGAGUUCCGGUCUCGUCUGACGGUCCUGCUGGGUGAUUUGUCGUACCAGCCGGACGUGGAUAUGCGGUUCUUGGGCGUUGUUAUGAACUUCAAUGAUGUGUAUGAGAUUCCUAAGCGGAGAAAGGCGGCUAGUGCAACUGCCAGAGAUAAGGAGAAGGAGAGGGAGAAGGAGAAGGAACGGGAGAGGGAGAAGGCGAAGCGGAGAGCUGCUGCUUCUUCUGCGGCGACUGGGUCCGGGGCUGAGAGCUUUGUGCAGAAGGAGGGAAGGAGGGAGAGGAGAGAUACUGGGGCAAUUGAUCCUGGGUUUACUUCUGGGAAUGGGUAG